ACUCCUGGCGGCCGUUUGUCUCUAUGUGCCCUUUGAUUGACUGGCAACCAGUUCAGGAUUGACCCCACCUCCUGCCCCUUGACAGCUGCGAUAGGCUUCAGCACUCCCCCCGACCCUCGUGAGGAUAAGCGCCGAAGAAAAUGGACGGAUGGAAAAACAUACAGUAAUGACUCAAUUAAAUACAAUGUAUUUACACAGUAAUCUUGUUUCUUCUUUGCAGAGGAUAAGGAAUAUAUCCCGGUGAAUAUUAUCACGUGUUGUGCCGCUGUUUGUUUUCAAAUAUCUGUUACUUCAAAGAUAAUAAAGCCGCCACACCGAUGCUAAUCAUUAGCUCAUCUAAAGCAUGUUGCUUUGUUUAUUAGCUUUGAGCUAAACGGACGUCCCGAUAAUAAAGCUGCUUUUACACACAUUUAAUUCUCUUUGUUUUGUGGAUAAUUUGACAUAAAAUCUCAACUGGGAGUGUCAGUAGAAAGCUUGAACAUUUUUUUUUGUUUGUUUCAUUGUUUCUCUGCCAAACUGCUAAUUGGUGUGAGUUGAGUUCACUGCCACCAUCAGCCAAAAUGCGGUCACUCCUAUCUCAGGGCACCAGCGUAUAAAGAAAGUUCCAUUUUCCCUUUUGUGGUUAGCAUCACACGUUCCCUCUUUGCCAUCGCGGGUGUCGAACUACAGGAAAUUUGAUGGCUUUUCCUGCUCCCAAUGAGCAGCAGCAAGGCUCGUCAGUACGAUUCCAAGUAACAUUGCGAAGGACGUAAAGCAGAAGUUGACUCAAAAAAAAAAAAAAAAUAUUGCGUCAAGUGGGUUUCCUGUCCUGGAAAAGGGUUGUAACAUGAUCCUCCGGCACAGCAGCGAUAACUUACUUGAGCAUAUCGCACAUUGCGACACCCUGACUCAUGCAAACGGCCUACUGAUUGUUUAUCACCGUUGCCGAGCGACCGCUCCACUUCCCCUAUAACAUUGAUUUUUAUAUAGUGACAGACGGCAUUGUGAGUGAAAACAAGGAUAUAGCCUGAGAGGGGGAGAAUAAUCGUCUGUCAAGCAAAUUCCCUCGAGGGAAAACCCAAUUGGCAUCAAUUGAAUAAUGCUAUUGUUUAGUUUGUCUGGGAUUCUAUUCUUCUUAGCAGCAACUAUAUUUCUCAUGCCAGAAAUUUGUUUUUGUUUUUAUUUAUUUGUAUUUUCCUGAUAUUUUUAAUUAUUGGUAUUAUUCAAUGUAUUAUCCCGGAUUUUUAUCGUUGGAUUGUACCAUUUUUCAUUGUAUUGUAACAUAUUGUAUUUUUAGAAUUAGUUUAUUGUAUUUGUAUUUAUUGUAUUUCAUUUCUAUUUUAUUCAUUUUUUGUUAUACUGGCAUUGUAUUGAUUUUUCUGGUGUAUUUUUUUUAUCCAUCCAUCCAUCCAUCCAUCCAUUUUCUUUUCCGCUUAUCCUCAUGAGGGUCGCAGGGAGUGCUGGAGCCUAUCCCAGCCGUCAACAGCCAGGAGGCGGGGUACACCCUGAACUGGUUGCCAGCCAAUCGCAGGGCACAGCGCACUCACAAUCUCAUUUAGGGGCAAUUUAGAGUGUCCAAUUAAUGUUGCAUGUUUUUGGGAUGUGGGAGGAAACCGGAGUCCCCGGAGAAAACCCACGCAGGCACGGGGAGAACAUGCAAACUCCACAAAAGUGCAUUGGAUGACUUUGAAAAGCAGUCCGCGCCACCUGAACCUACAGCCCCUGCCUCCUCCUCCCCGUCCAGUCAUGGAGCAGAGAAGGUUGAUGUUCCGCCACUGCUGGAGGACCCCAAGCUUUUCGAGAAACUCUUCGAGGGCGACAUGGCUGCCCAGGCCCAGCACGAGUGGGAGAAAGCCAUGACUGAGUUGGCGCAGGAGGAGCCCGACCUGCUCCAACACUUUCAGAAGCUUUCCGAAGCUGCCGGCAAAGUUGGCACUGACACAGCCUCUCAGCAAGAGUUCACCUCCUGCCUCAAAGAUACCCUCCGUGGCCUUGCCAAGAAUGCCGAUAACCUGCAGUCUUCUGGCCUGGCCGGAGAUGAUCUCGUCAAGACACUGGAAGGCUUGGGAUUGGACGAGGGCGGCGGGGGCGAGGAGGCCAACAUCCUUCCCAUCAUGCAGUCCAUCAUGCAGAAUCUCCUCUCCAAGGAGGUGCUCUACCCGUCCCUCAAGGAGAUCACAACUAAGUAUCCAGAGUGGUUGGAAGCCAACAGGUCCAGCCUGAGCCCGGAAGACGCGCAGCGCUACGAGCAGCAGGCCAAGGUCAUGGGAGAAAUCUGCCAGCGCUUUGAGAAGGAGGAAGACGGCGACAAGGUCUUUGAAAGCAUCAUGGACCUCAUGCAGAAGCUGCAGGACCUUGGACAACCACCAAAGGAGCUCGCAGGCGAUGCCCCUCCUGGCUUCAACUUCGACAUGGACUCCCUCAACCUGCCGGGGGGCCUCGGCGGGGCCGGAGCGGCCGAGCAGUGCUCCAUAAUGUGAAGAGGCGUCGGCUCGAACCCAGCCGCAGAGACGGCUUCACCCUAUGAAAGUGGGUGGCGGCGGUGUGGCGCUCAAGUUGUCCACGCUCGCUCUCGCGUCCUAAACCCACAGACAGAUGCGGACGAGGUUGCGAAACUCCAACACACACUUGAGAGCUGAACACUUGGAGUUCCCAUUUUCUCUUUAAUUUUAACUGCAUUCCUGCCUCCACGAUGUCGGUACUGCACUUUCUCUGUCGCAUCUAUAACCCUCAUGUUACCUGUAAACCUCUAUGACCCUCCCUCCCCACAGGUCAAUUUGAGAGUAAUUAUCCGAUUGUAUCAAAAACAAAACAAAAAAAAUACCCAUUAAACAUUUAGAUAUCACAAUAAGAUCCCAUUACCAACCAUAUCGUUCAAUAAUUUCUGCAUUAUCUCUCACAGAUCCCGGUAACGCUUCGAUGAGCCUCAUUUCAUCAUUUUUCAUUUAAUUAAGUACAAACGGACAAUAUUUGUAAUAUGUUGAUUACACUAAUUCAGCCAGCAUUUCAUACUGAAAAUUUUUUUUUUCUGAACUUGUAUUUCUGUUUAAGCCUCCUGUUAAUUAAAAGAAAAAGAGGAUCCAUAUUAAAUACAAUUCUAGAUGUGUACCUGUCAAAAUGAUUAAUUAAUCUAAUAAGAGGGUGAAACCAACUAAAAAAAAGGGGGGGGGCCUGAAAUGUGCUUUUUUUUUUUUAAAUGUAUAUUUUUUUCCCUAGCUUAGGUUGACCCAGUAUUUAACAGUAAAAUAAACGAGUAUUUAAAAAAAUAUUAAAAUAGUUUACAUAUUUAUUGGUCAUUUUGAACCAUAUAACAAAUGUAACAAAAUAUACAUGAGGAGGACUUUGUUUUUUAAGAAUAUAACAUUUUGACAUAAAUUUAAUGUGUACUAUAACCAUGGGCUAACACAAACAAAAUUUAAAAAAAAGGGACAAAAUAAAUCAUUUAUCUUGUCAUGGAUUCACUUGACCCAUGUUUGUUAAACAAUAAUAUUUUUAAAAUGUAAUAUAGAUUUUUCCAGGCUAAUUUGAGCUGCCGUACAAAGGAGAGUCAAAGGAAAAUGGGGAGAUGAAAAUUUUAAUAAUCGAGCUUUUUACAGGUCAGCUUGACCGGCAAGAUUAGACGGUUAAAAUGGGUCAAUUUGACCACCAAGAUAAGAAGCGUCUUAACUGGUGUGAGCGUGUGGUCACUUUAUGUCAUAACAUGACGUGCAUAACAAACAUCAACACCCAUGUUGCGUUGAUCCUUAUUUCAUAAUAGAUUAUUGCAAUUGUUAAUGUUGCCUCUCUGUAAUAAUGUACUGUUUCCCACUGUCAUCCCGGUGUUGAUCUGAAGUGAUUGAUUUGAUUGCUGCUACUGCUGAUGAUGAAGAUGAUGGCGUUACCUUAAGUGCUUCCCUUGAGGCUUUGUUUUUUUUGUUUGUUUUUUAUUGUGAAGAUUGUUUGCUUUCAAUAGGAAAGCUUGCUGAGUUGCGGGUUUCCCAGAGCACUUUGUGCGUGCAACUAUGGAGGCAGCUCUAGAAAGCGCAGGGCAAAACUACGGUUUAGUAAAGAGGCAGCGAGCCGUGCAGAGAGAAGGUUUGUGUCAAUUAAAGCGCUUUCAUCAUCAUCAUGCCAUCCAUUCAGGGCCUGACAACGUAGCGCACAGAGAUGCUAUUAUGUGUUUUGCCCAUUUAUUUUUGUUGUUGUUGUAAUUAUAAUGAAUAAAAGUGAUAGCACGAAGA